GUGGCACUGGCUCGGAUGGGCGGCCGACGCAUGGUUCUGGGUGGACCACGCCCACAUAAUGAGCGUGUGGGGUGUGGUCUACGAUGACGUGACCAGCAACGCCUUCUACCUUCUGGACACGCCCAUAGCCACGCUCGACCAGAUUCAGACGCGGCUGACGGCGUGCGGGUGCUCGGUGCCCGAGGAGCUGGUGUGGACCGUCGUGUACCAGGUGGGCUCGGCGCUGCUCCAUAUGCUGACGGCGGGCCUCCCGUACACGCCGCUGGCCCUCGAUAACAUCUUCCUGCUCAGGGACCGGCUGGCGCUCGAGAACAUGCUCUCGAGGAAGCACAGGAUGACCGGCUGCGGCUGCGAGGCGUGGCGGGGCUCCGCCGGCCACCAGCGCGCCACAUCGGCGGGCCAGUCGGAGCGCUGCUUCAUCCACCACAUCGGCCAGGUCAUCUUCGCCCUCAUCACGCCGCACCUGCGCUCGCAGCCCGAGGGCAGCGUCCCCCCCUGCAGCCCCGUCAGCACGCUGCGCUCCCUCAAGCACCUUUACUCGCCGACCCUCCUGCGCCUCCUCUCGCGCACGCUGGCGGGGGGCGUGAGCACGGCGUGGGGCGUGAUGGGCGGCGGCGGCGAGGGGCGCGUCGCCGUCAGGGCAUUCCAGUGGGAGACGCAGUGGGAGCAGCUGGACCCCUGCCCCGAGGCCGAGUGGCCCCUGGGCACCUCGGACGCCGUGGCGUGCCCCACGUACGGCGCGGGGAAGAGGCCCGAGCAGAAGACGUACUGCGCCACGGCCACCAUCACCCUCAGGCGUUCCUCCUCCUCCUCGUCCGCCUCCUCCUCCGAAGACCUUGACGCCCUGGGCGCCGAGGAGCAGCGCGGAGGGCCGACGGGGCCCGCCUCGGCGCCUGCCACUCGAGCCGAGGGAGCGCGCGAGAGGUGGAGCGGCGCCGCCUCCGCGCCUUCGCCGCCUCCGACGAGCGAGCAAGCGGCAGCCAGCAGCGCCAGCAGCGCCUUCCUGCACGACAGCGCGCCGGUCCAGCUGGCGCAGGUGGUCGUGGUGGCGGCGGAGAGGAUCCUGUCGCUGAGUCCGGGUACCAGCCUGGCCGAGUCCGUCAUGGCGUCGCCGCACCGCCUCAUCCAGCACGUGAUGACGGCGCAGAAGAAGCACCUCAAGACCAAGUGAUGCGGCCGUUUGCCUCCCCCUCUCCCUCCCUC